AUGUUUUCAUCCGCUUUCAAGUCCUUCACAUCCAACAUCAGCUCAAACUACGAAAUCUCCAAGCAAUCCUCGGCCACUGUCGGAACAUGGACCGUCUUCGAUGCUAAGAAGAAGAGUACAGGCGCUCCGGCGUCCGUAUUUGUCUUUGACCGAAAAUCCCUAGAUGUCAACAGUGGUGGAUUCGGAGCGCGUGCUACCAGUUCUACCUCCAUCCGCAAAAUCCAGGAUGAAGUGGUAGAGCGCCUGAAGAAGGAGGCUAGCAGCCUUGCACGUCUGCGACAUCCUUCGGUUCUGCAACUCGUGGAGCCAUUGGAAGAAACGCGGAGUGGUGGUCUCAUGUUUGCGACUGAACCCAUCUUGUGCUCCCUGUCUGCUGCUCUGGCCCAGAAGGAUCGGGGUGAAGGCAGAAGUGGCCGCGGCUUCUCAAGAUCUCCGUCUGAUGAUGUAAUUGCUUCCCGGGCUUCUCAGGAUGUCGAGCUCGAUGAGCUGGAGGUUCAGAAGGGACUUCUGCAAGUCGCCAAGGGCCUGGAAUUUUUACACGACUCGGCGAAAUUAGUGCAUGGGAACUUGACUCCUGACACGAUCAUGAUCAACGCAAAGUCUGAUUGGAAGAUCUCUGGGCUAGGGUUUGCAGGCCCGCCAGACGGAGCAGUAGGACACCAGACAGUGCCUCAAAUCUCCCUUUCGGAGGUCCUCUACCAUGAUUCUCGGAUACCUCGAAUCGUCCAGCUCGAUCUCGACUACACUUCUCCUGAUUUCGUGCUCGAUUCAAACAUCAACUUCUCAGCGGACAUCUUCUCCCUGGGCCUUGUAAUCUUGGCCUGCUAUAGAAAGCCUCAUCGUUCGCCAAUUGAGGUUCAUGGAAACCAGUCAACCUACAAGAAGAUCUUCAGCAAUGCUUCUAACGUUCCCUCAAGCGCCAACAAUUAUCUUUCAGAAGGAGCAUUACCCAGAGAACUCAACGUUACCCUGCCAAGGAUGUUGGCCAGAAGGCCUACUCAGCGGCUUACCGCAGCCGAGUUUCAGCAAUCUGAAUAUUUCGAUAAUAUACUGGUCAACACCAUGAGAUUCUUGGAUGCCUUCCCAGCGAAAACGCCUGCAGAGAAGUCACAAUUCAUGAAAGGACUCGGUCGAGUGAUGCCUCAAUUUCCCCCAUCCGUCCUAGGCAAAAAGAUUCUGAGCGUCCUCUUGGACGAGAUGAAGGACAGGGACCUGCUGCCCUUGAUCAUGCAGAAUAUCUUCCAGAUAAUCAAGGUCAUUCCCUCUAGCAAAGAAGUUGUGUCGGACAAGAUUCUUCCACGCAUGAGAGAGAUCUUCCUCUCGAAAUCCAAGUCCGAGGAGCGCGAUAGCAGCAAGGAGGCCGCAUUGCUGGCAGUGCUGAACAAUAUCCAGCUCAUAGCCGACAAUUGUUCUGCCAGGCAGUUUAAAGAUGACGUCCUCCCGAUCAUUCAUGUUGCAAUGGAGUCUUCGACGCAUUCUAUUACCGAUGCCGCUCUACAGAGUUUAUCAGUUGUGUUGCCGUUGAUUGACUUCUCAACAGUCAAGCACGACCUCUUCCCAGUGGUGGCGAGCGUCUUCAGCAAAACAAGUAGUCUCGCCAUCAAGGUCCGUGGCCUUGAAGCGCUGGGAGUCCUGUGUGGGGUCUCCCCUCGCAAUAUGAACGCAAAUGACGAUGAUUUCAGUGGCUCGACGCAACUAGAAAAGCCUGACAAGAACGUUUCGAGUCUCGACAAAUUCACCAUGCAAGAAAAGGUGGUGCCUUUGCUGAAGGCUAUCAAGACAAAAGAGCCAGGUGUCAUGAUGGCUGCUCUGAAGGUCUUUCGGCAGAUUGGUACCGUUGCUGACACCGAUUUCUUGGCCAUCGAGGUACUGCCAAUCCUGUGGAGCUUCUGCCUUGGUCCUUUGCUGGAGCUGUCUCAGUUCAAGGCGUUCAUGGAUGUCAUUAAGGAGCUAUCAGCUAAGAUCGAACGUGAGCAAAUUCGCAAACUGCAGGAGCUGUCCUCCAGCCGACCGGUAGAGACUCGCGCAGCAUCAAUACCACAUACAACCACUAGUAAUGGGACUCAACGUGGCGGUCAGGUAAACGGUCCUGAAGAGGAUUUCGAAAAGCUAGUGCUCGGAAACAAGAAUGCUGGAAAGAACGACGUCUUCGCUGGUGCUUUAUCCGAAGGGGAGAGACUGACCCCAAACCCACCAUCCUUCUCAUGGUCUUCAUCGUCUGCACAGAGUAAGGGUCCUACAUUCCACCAGACUAUUUCGUCACUACCAGCAUUGCAACCACAACCCACGUCUCGCUCGAUCACACCAGAUGUUGGCAUGCCAGCUUUUCCAAGCUUGCAACCCCAGCAACAAUCUUCCGCCUCCGCCUGGGCAGCUGCUUCGCAACCUCCCAUGAGCAUGCAGAGCCAGUCGCAAGUCUUGCAAGCAUCUAGCUAUGUGUCAAGGCCUGCGAAUCCCAUAUCUCCGCCACCAGCAUCUUCGAACAGUUCCUGGCAGCUCCCACCCCCACCAGGUUCGAGAAGCGGCCAGAACACGGCUUUCACACCAGGCAUAGCCCCUCCGCCACAGACUAGCCCACAGAGCUGGCAACAGAGGCAACAGCCAAACUACAAUAUUGGAAUGACCUCGCCUCCUGCGUUUGGCGCACCGAUGAAUGUCUUACAACCACAACCCAAUCUGCAAUCACCAUCGCAACCGACGAAGACCGGGCUGGACAAAUACGAGUCGUUACUUUAG